AACCCCUGACUUUCUGGAUGACAGGAUGACCUUCUGGGUUCUGGCCACAAGGGGAGGGUGGCCCCACCUGCCAAACACUCGGACUUGGCAAACUAGGGCCUUUCUUCCCUGCUGCAUUCGGCUCUGCUCUAUCCACUCUGCUCACAAAGGAGCUAGGAGUAGACAGGAGAUUUGGGGCUCCACCUGCUGCUCAGUGUCUAGGCAAUUUUUGGCUUCAUCUGCUACUGUAUCUCAUCGUCAUCUGUUAGUUCAGUUACCCUGCUACUGCUGAUUGAGGAGGACGAGGAAGCAGCGUCCAUGGCGACAGCGAGGCCCAUCCUGUACAACAGCUGGAUCAGCUCCUGCUCCCACCGUGUCCGCAUCGCUCUCAACCUCAAAGGUGUGGACUAUGAGUACAAGUCAGUAAAUCCCAGGACAGACCCAGAUUAUGAAGAAAUCAACCCAAUGAAAUAUAUUCCUGCACUAGUAGAUGGGGACAUAGUCAUUUCCGACUCUCUUGCCAUCUCAUUGUAUUUGGAAGACAAAUAUCCUGCGCAUCCUCUCCUGCCUAAAGAUCCCAAGAGGAAAGCUCUUAAUCUUCAGAUUGCUAACAUAGUUUGUUCAAGCAUUCAACCUCUUCAAGGCUAUGCCGUUAUUGGUUUGCAUGAGGGAAGCAUGAGCCCUGAUGAGAGCCUUCAAAUUGUUCAGCGUUAUACUGACAAGGGAUUCAGAGCGAUUGAAAAGCUUUUGGAUGGAUGCGAGAGUAAAUAUGCUACUGGAGAUGAUGUCCAAUUGGGUGAUGUGUUUCUAGAGCCACAGAUCCAUGCCGGCAUAAAUCGCUUCCAAAUUGAUAUGUCGAAGUACCCGAUUUUGGCAAGACUUCACGAUGCAUACAUGGAAAUCCCAGCAUUUCAAGCUGCGCUUCCUAAAAAUCAGCCAGAUGCACCAUCAUCAUAAAGAAUCAAGAUUACCAAGCUACAUCAAAAUGCAUGCUUUUCAAUAAUAAGUUGGAAGAGUUUGUUCAAAAAAAUAAUAAUUUGGAAGGAGGGUAACUGCUUCGACACUGUGUUGGAAGCUAGCUUACCCAUUCAUGAUGACCAAAGGGAGCGGCUAGUCGAAGCAUGCCAGCUUCUGGAGUCUUCAGCUAUGCAGUUCUUCACAUCCCACGGAUGGCUUUUCUUUUGCGUAUUGGUCUUUAAUUUUAAACUCAGUGUGGGUUAAACUCUGAGGGUAUGAUUGUACUAAUGGCGGACUGAUGCCUUUCUAUGAAGGGUUUGAAGCCGGAACUUUUUCCAUUAUCUAAAAAAAAAUGUUUAAGCAAUUCGCU